AUGCAACCGCGACAAAACCGCAUUUUCGUGUCACUCAGGUUUGUACCGAUUCUCAAGAAUGCCCUUCGGGCUUACCAACGCACCGGCAACGUUUCAGAGAGCCAUGGAUAUCCCGCUCUCUCCGUUCCGAUGAAAAUCGUGCUUCGUCUCAGAAGCUUCCUGGUACUUUGCAAUGUCUACCGCAGGUUCGUUCCGCAUUAUGCGAAAAUUGCGCAUCCUCUAAACCAACUACUGAAGAAAGGACAACAGGUCCAGUUGGAAGGAUUCCACGAACCAUGCGAAAAAGCUUUUCAUAAGCUCAAAGACGCUAUCUUGGCGCCACCGGUGUUGGCACUGCCGAAGAAAGACCUACCAUACUCGGUAGACACCGAUGCAAGCGACUAUCAAAUCGGCGCUGCAUUAUUUCAAACGCACCCGGAUGAACAACGUAAACCUAUCGGGUUCUUUUCCAGAACGUUAGCCGCAGCCGAGAGAAACUAUUCUGCAUCAGAAAAAGAAUGUCCAGCGGUAAUUUGGGCCGUACAGACUUUAAGACCAUAUCUAUAUGGCGAGCACUUCAUUGUGCAUACCGACCAUACCUCAUUGAGGUGGUUGAUGAACGUAACCGACCCCAGCGGGAGAUUAAUUCGAUGGAGGCUCCGCCUCUCGGAAUUUGAUUUCGAAAUCAAGUACAAGAAGGGCAAAGCUAACAGCCAAGCUGAUGCCCUGUCGAAAUUACGGACAGCAGGAGAAACUGUCGAUGAAAUCGACAACGAAAUCCCAUGCUUUAUGGCCGAACCGGACGACGCUACAGAAGACGACGAAGAAGAUUUUGAACGGCUCGACGACAUCCUCGCUCUUGAGGAGGGGGCCACCUCUGAUUGCCUCGAUCACUUCCAAGCUGUCACUCCGGAGGAGCUCAUUCGCAAGCAAGCCGUCGACUGCAGCCGAAUCAAAGAGGAAAUCCAUUACGCAAAAUUGGCAGGACAUCCUGGAGACAGGAAACUGUACAAGACAUUGAGAAGAUAUUUUUACUGGCCUACGAUGGCCCUAGACUGCUACGCAGUCGCGAAGAUUUGCGCCGCAUGUGCGCGGGAAAGGUUUGUCGCCAUCGACAUCCUCGGCGAGCUAAUUACAACUAAACGAGGAAAUCGGUAUAUUCUCGUGAUCAGCGAUCGAUACUCCAAACUGGAACGAACCGUACCGUUGAAGAAGAUAUCAGCUGCGCACAUCGCACAAGCCUUCGUUCACCAUUGGGUAUUCGUGUACGGACCGCCGGUCAAGCUGCUGUCCGACAAUGGAACACAGUUCACGUCCCGGUUCUUUCAGAAUGUCUGCCGAAUUCUCGUCAUACGCAAUGUGUUCACGACUACGUACCACCGGCAAGCCAACGGCCAAGUUGAGAGGUUUAACCGCACGCUUGUAGUAUAA